AUGUAUAAUUUGAGUAAAUUAUAUUUGCUAAGAUGGAACACUUCGUGGACUUAUAAAUUAAAGAGAUAUCACAUGUCCCCAAGAUGGAAUGUUAGUAAAUGGUUGGUGAAAGAAGAAUAUAAAUCACAAAAAUUUAACAAACCAUUUUAUUUAACAAAAUGGGGAAAUUUCAAAACAUAUCAACAUCAAUUUUUUCCGAACAAUGGAGCUUUUAAUAAAUUUUGUAAUAUGAAUAAAUUGCAUGAGAACAACAUGAAUAUUAAAAAAUAG